CUCCAUUGUACAAUAAGAAUGAAGGCUGUGCAGUGAAAGUUGAGCCGUGUGCACUGACUGCGCCUCCGACUGCUCAACAACUAGUUUGGUCUGUUCACAGCUGAUAUGUUUACUCUUUUCUUGGUUGGACUAGAUGGAAAUUAAGGUGCUGGCUAAAGCCUUGUACGACUACCAAGGCAAUGGACCUGGAGAGCUCGCCAUGAAAUCUGGUGACAUGGUCGGCCUGCGCUGGAGAGUGGAUGACAAUUGGUAUUACGGCGAUAUCAAAGGGAACAGUGGGCUUAUACCCAGUAGUAUGGUGCAGAUCCUGAGCGAGCAAACGCAGCCGGCGCCAUUGUGCCGUGCUCUCUACGACUUUGACCUGAGCCGACUGGACCCCGUUGACAGGAAAGAGUGCCUGGCCUUCAUGAAGGGAGACGUCAUCACUGUGAUUAAGCGAGUGGAUGAGAACUGGGGUGAAGGGAAGUUGGGAGACAAGGUCGGCAUCUUUCCUUUGCAGUUUACAGAGCCAAAUCCGACUGCGUUUAAACUCCUGGUGAGUGCGAAGGCGAGUGAUUUGGCAGAAUUUCACCCACGCAACGCGAGAGGGAGCAGCAGGAGGCUGAGCCUAGAUGCAGACAGCCAAAGACGACUCUUUAGGACGCAGGCGAGUGCUACCAGGCCUCCCGAUGUCAGCGUCCUGAACACUCUGAACCACGGUCAGACCCAAAGCUUAACAGCUUCUAGCGCUCCUCCGAAGCCCGGACGACUCUCCACCGUCUCCAAACGGUCUGGCAGUGCUCAGAGAAGCCAGUCAAAGGGCGAAAAAAAGAUGAACGGCGAAGCUCCUCCAACAAUCACCAUGGCCCUCAUCAACCCUCAGGCUUCCCCUUCGCAGGCAGAGAGCAAACAUCCCCCCAUCCAGCAACUGUCUAUCAGUGUGUGCGCUGCCUUGUAUUCGUAUACUCCCCAUCGCCCCGAGGAGCUGGAACUGAGCAAAGGCGAGAUGGUAGGGGUUUACGGGAAGUUUAAGGAGGGCUGGUUACGAGGUCUCUCUCUCAGGACUGGCAAAGUGGGAAUCCUGCCUGCCAACUACGUCACGCCCGUGCUUAGAACCUCUGCAAUGUUUGUCGAGCAGCCAAAGCUUGCUGUUCCCAGUGCUGCCAUCACAUCAGCAAAGAGAUACACGCCCCAGAAUCUCCAAGCUGCACCACUGCCUCUUGAUAAAGUAAAGGUUGAAGUGGCUGCUCCAGUCUGUGCCAUGUCCCCACAGGCAGCUGUAGCAUCUGCCAGUGCAGUGAAAUGUCCUCAGGCAGGGGGAAAGCAGGGCUGGGACACGGUCAAACGAGCCUUCCAGACUUCACACAGAGGCUCAUUCCGGCAUAGCAGCUACCAUCUCCAAAAUACCAGUUCAAGCCUUCAUCCUCCACCUCAGGAUUUGGGACAGAUCUACGGCUUUGGCCGCUCUCCCGUCCUUCCCAGGAAGAGAAAUGGCUUGUUUUCAAAUCCCAUCAGGUCACAGCACUGGACCUAUGAAGGAACAACCCCCUCUGCUGGUGGUGGUGGUGGUGGUGGUACCUACCAGCCAUCAGAUACCAGAUACAUGGCUCCGAAAGAGACUUCCUCAGCUCCUCAGUCUAUUCUGAUAAAACCAGAUACUCACAGGCACAACACAGAGAAGCCUGUGAAGUCGGUGAGGUUCCUGACUGAAGACGUCCCCCAAACCACAACGAGGUUGUCGUCUGUGUCGUCUGGAUCGCAGGUCACUGGUAACUCUCAGAGCAGCUCCAUGGCUCUGGAGCACUGGAACCCGUCAGCCAUCAUAGGUCGAGAUGGAAGUACCUCAGUCCUUAAAGACACAAAGACAAUCAUGCAAAGAAAAGGUCAUGGUCAGAAUAAUGCCAGUGGGGAUUUUCUGCCUUUAAGUACAAAACUGUACACAGCCAACAGCCCGUCCAGCCCCAUCAGACACAGGAUGUUGAAGACGUAUAAUGCAAAGACUGAUGCGGAACUGAACCUGCUGGAGGGAGAGGUCGUGUUGGUCCAAAAGCCUCGGUCAGACGGGAGGGUUCUGGUGAAACAAGAGAUCACUGGAGUGACUGGCCUCUUCCAAAACAGUAUUCUGGAUAUAUUGGACAAAAUUGCCUGAACCUGUGUGUGUGUGUGUGUGUGUGUGUGUGUGUGUGUGUGUGUGUGUGUGUGUGUGUGUGUGUGUGUGUGUGUGUGUGUGUGUGUGUGUGUGUGUGUGUGUGUGUGUGUGUGUGUGUGUGUGUGUGUGUGUGUGUGUGUGUGUGUGUGUGUGUGUGUGUGUGUGUGUGUGUGUGUGUGUGUGUGUGUGUUCACAAUCCACUAUCAAAUAAAACACCUUCAGUAUUGCUUUUUGAUCCAUGUAAAACAAAUCACUUACAGUAUGUAAGCAAAGCAAUAUGCUCUUCAUGUAUUUAAGUGUGUUUCGGUCUACAGCAUGCAUAAUCUAACCUCAAUCCCACAUCUCAGAUCCUCCUCAAAUUCACCCUGUGUCAUUCAUCACCUCUGGGACAUAAUGUACCUUCUGUUAUUUUGGAGUCAUGAAGGUCUUCAAAGUAUGCAGAUAUUUUAAUACAUUGAUGAGGACAAGGGUAGCUGUUUCAGACCCCUGUCCUCAUUCACCAUGUUCUUAUAUUUUAAAGUACAGUAUAUACUAUGUUCUAGUGUGUAAGAGGAAUGUUGGCUUGUUACAUGGAAGGUUUGCACAUAUUUAAAAUGCACUAUAUGGUAAUGAAUUGAGUAGAGAGCUGAUAAUUGCUAUGUUUGUACAGCUCACCAAUAAUUAUCAGUCCCUCCAGGAUUUCGCGGUUUUGCGAUUGCAGUCAUUUAACACAAAAUCAAGCAAACUCUGUGAUAUUUUGGAGGACCUUGCAAUUUGGCAGAAUUACCACAGAUUUUCUUCAGAUUUGGGGUAAGAUGCGUCAUACACGAGCAAUCAGCAGAAGAGGACUGAGAUUCACAUUCAUCAGACAUGAGUGACGCUGUAACGCUAUCAUAGAAAGUAAUUAGAUAUGUAUCUUCACUGGUAGCAGUUUAAAAGAAGAAUCAUGUGAUUACAAUUCAAGCUUUUUCCAAGCAAUAACCAGCUUUCAAUUCAAUUUCAAUAGUUUGAAUAAAAAAAAGCACCAAAUUCUCUGCAUGUUGCAGGGCUCAUUUAGAAAAAGUUGCAGGAAAAAUCAAGUAUUUUUGCUUGCAACAAUCACACAUGAUAAAAAAAAUCUGAGAAAUCCUGAAGGGACUGAAUUACAGUUUUAAAAUGGAGUCAGAAAUCUGCUGUCAUUCUGUCACUGGUAGACAUUUUGAUUCGAUCCGAUAUCUAUUCCUCUCUUUCUGAUUUAUGGUGCUUGAAAAAAAAAAAAAGUUUCUCCAAGCAAAUAUAAUUUAUUCAGCAAAUAUUGUCCAUUGCUUUUGUUAUUACAGCCCUUCUUCAUUUAUCAGCGUUUCUCCAUGUAAACACACUUACACUGUUAAUAAUUCUUACAAACAAUUCAAAAUGGAUGGUGGGUUAAUAUUGUUGUGGUAUAAGGGAAGUCCACAGCUGUUUUUUUAUUUUAUUUUUUUAUAUUUUUGUUUAAUUUUAUUUUUUGGGCUACAUACUGUUUACUUUGCCUUUUCUGAAACUAUGGCACACUGCAGCAUUAAUCUCUGCACCUAAAUUAUAUAAAAAUAUAUUUCUAACACUUUUGAAAGCCCAUUGGUUUUGAAUUGGAGAGAAUUGUAGUUUUUUUUUUUUUUUUUUUUUUUUUUUUUUUUUUUAAGAAUGCAAUUAGUUUGUUAAGAUUUAACACCUAAACCCCUGGGAUCUGUUGACAAAUCCAGACUUCCAGACCUGCACACUAAUAACUUGGAUUAGGAUUAGAAACAGCCCAGUCUGGCAACCUGGAUGUCUAUAACCAUGCACUUUACAUACUUUUCAAUUUUACUGCUUUGACAUUACGUAAAUGCCAAAAGGAUUUGUUUCUUAAUUGUAUUAUUUUAUUUAUAACCGGAGGAAUGGCAUCCCUCAAAUUCUUCUUUGUAAUGAAACUUGAGUAAAUAUGUAUAUGAUUUGAGACACAGUUCUGGAUAAUGGAUUGUCUCAGAGCACAAGGUCUUGUUGUUUAAAUGCAGUCAACGUGGUAUACUUUUGUUAAUAUAACACUGUAAAUCCUGUAAAACUGGCACAGUUGAAUUGAGCUCAACCCCUGCUAGUUUAUUUUUGUAGUACAGAAAUAAAUUAUCUGUGAUAAAA